AUGCCAGCAGGCACAAAGGAGUCAUCUGGGGACUUCUCCACACGGGGCAGAGACUUCAAGAUCGGAGACAGGGUGGUGGUUGCCAGCACAGGCAAGAGGAGCGCACAGCAGCUGACUGGAGUGGAUGGGGAUGUCAUUGGACUGGAUGGGAAUGGCUGGGUGAUUGUGCGCACCUCUGACGGUUCCGAGACUCUGAGAAUACAGCAGCGCUACCUCAGCAAGCAGACCAAGGACCGCGAGUACGAGGUGGACAUGAAUACGCUGAAUGGAUCUGGCAUGGCAGCUGAAGCAGACCUGCCGAUGGGACAGUCGCUGGCGAAUGUGGCAGUCAGUAUCCCGGAGAAGAGGGACAGCCUGGAAGAGGCUCGCAGCCAGCUGCUGUCCCUGGAGGACACGGUGCCCUGGCACGCAGUCAAGUCCAGCUGGCGCAACAGGCGCCCCGGCUGGCGCCGCGCUCUCAAGGCAGCGGACACUGUGGUCGAGGUGGCUGCCCGCAUGGACGAGUUUCGCUCCCACCUCAUGAAUGAUGGCGCCACGCUGCCGAUGGGGGCGGCUGCAGCGUCGUGGGAGCAGACAUUGAAAGCAUGUCUCCAGGGGAGCGGCUCAAUUGCCAUGCUGGUGACGCUCUGCAAUGAGCUGCAGCAGAGCGUGCGGCUGUGGCUGGACCUGAAGCUGGUGCACACGCCUGUCUCCCCGACCGUCAUGUCCCAAGCCAUACGCGCUGUACAGGCCCUGCAGGAAGGCUCUCAGAAGGGCUCUGGUGAGCUGUACCAGGUCCCCUUGGAGGCAAUUGUGAACCACAGCAGUGAGGGCAUCCAGGCAGUCAAGAACUUCCUGGAGAGUGGGAAGACCAAACUGAGCAGCCCUCGGGGCAUGGGCAGUCCCAGAGCCAUGACAAGCCCCAAACUGACAUCCAAACUCAUGGGCAACACCUUCCCCAUCCUGCUGCUGAGCCCCUUCAACGCCAUCAAAGGAGAGUUCGGCAACGACGACCAGUUUGAGAGCGGGGCUGACACUGACUGGGAGACUGGCAGCCAGGUCACAGACAUGUACAGGUAUGAGCUCUGCUACUGA